GCAACUUUAAACUGUGACAGUGUGUGUUGACAAGAACAGUGUACUGGAUUGCGGUGCCUAACCAUUUGGAUGCAGUGAUCGGAUCACACUAACUGGAUUGCAGUGUUUUUCUUGGAUCUGUUGUACAAUUUUGGCCGGCAAACUGGGGAUGCACAAGAUGGGCCUCGGCGACAGCGUGUACGCCGCCGAGCGUAUCAUGAAGAAGAGAAUUAAAAAGGGCAAGGUGGAAUACUACGUGAAAUGGAAAGGCUGGAAACCGAAGCACAACACCUGGGAGCCGGAGGAGAACAUUUUAGAUCCAAGGCUGAUCCAAAGCUUCGAAAGGGGAGAGGAUUCAAAGAGGCCAGGGAGGGAGAGGAAACGCGAGCGCGAACACUCACCCGAGAGAGCCCGAAGCGGGUCCGACGAGAGGGGACCGCUGCCUGGCAAGCGCAAAGCGCAGGUCCUAUCGCAGGAGUCGGGAAAGAUCGGAGUGACUAUCACUAUGAGCCCACAAAGGAAUCGCGCGCCACCGCCAGUCCCGCCUCCGCCAGCCGCGCCGGCCGGAGGCGCUGCCGCCCCCGCUUCACCCGCCGCCGAAGCGGCCGCCCCCAAAACAGGCCAGCGACGAGUGCCCCAUUCACCCGAAGAAGCCGACGCUCACACGCCUCCUGAACGCGAAAGGCGCACACAGACGCAGCCUGAGGCGAAAGCCCCCGCCGAGCCUAAAGGCGCCCGACCACCUCCACCCGCACCUCAAGAAGACGAGGAUUCCUGGAGCGAACCUCCUGUGGUUGCAGCACCGGCCCCCCAGCCGCGCCGCGGCGCCGCCUUCUGGCUGGCGCGAUCUCCUGUAGCAGACCAGAUCUUCAUCACCGACGUCACGGUCAACCUUCAAACCGUCACUAUCCGCGAGUGCCGCACGGAGCGCGGGUUUUUUCGUGCCCGAGAAUCUCGCCCCCUCGACGUCACGUAGACUAUCCUGUAUUAAUUUAUUAGUGAUGGACAAUGUACAGUAGCUAGUUAUUUAGUGAUUACAACCGGAAUCUCGGCUCCCGUAGACCGUACAACCGUCUAAUGUCAAGCUAGGUUUAUCUUGAUGCGUCAAAAUAUGACGAGAUUGUUAGUCACAGAACUCACAGGAAAAGUACGGAGUACGUAGACUGUCCCCAAAGUUUAUUAAGCCUAAUGCUGGACAAAGUGAUUGUCAAUUGUUAACUAUACUUAGAUUAUUUAGUUGUUAUUCAAUUGGUUCGGCUGUGGGCAUUAUAAAGGACGUUAAAUACGAAUGUGAGGACGAUUGUUUGAAAAUGUAUGCAAUAAUAAAUUUAUUUAAUAUAAAUUUGAUAACGCGCCUUUAUAAGUCCCAAUUUAAUAAACCCAAUUAGUGAAAUCAAAUAUCGGUUUGUAUGAUAAAUGUACAAAUGUCAGGACCUGCAACUGAAUGCCAAGUGACUACGUGGUACCUAUAAUUAUCGUGAUUUGUCUGUUUGUAACCGUAAGCACGCUUAUAAAAUGUAUCACAUACUUAACCUACAUUUUAUGAUUCCCUGUGAUUUUAUAAUCAUUUAAUUCAUAUUAUGAGCAUGACAACUAUUUGUAUAUCACCUGGCACGUGUACAGAAAUAGCAUACCAAAUGAGAACGUUUUCGAAAAAUACCAUGGGAACCGAUUCAUAUAUAGGUAUUAGGUAUAAUUUAUUGAUGACUUUUGUCCUAAAUUUAGGACAUCGGGCUUAUUAUGUGAAAAAACAUGACAAAUGAUCUGCAAAUAGCUGCUCAUGUAUUUUAAAUAUUUAUUUAGACUGGAAAGAAUCAUGCAAAAGAUUAUGUUAAAUUAGUAUGUCACUUUGUAAAAAAAUUAUUCAACGACGAAUUAAUUUAGUUGUUUUAUUUUAAUAAUUGUUGUUGUUAUUUAUGUAGUCUUGAUUUAAUUGAAUGGUUAGUAUAAGUUAUUUAUGCAAUUCUUUGAAUUCUCAACACUGCCGUGGAGCAAGUUUAAGGUGCCGUCACACAGGCGCGUUUUCCGGGCGCGCGGCCUGACUGGCGUGAGCGUUUUAUAUGUAAAAGCGGCGCGCCCCGCUCGCGUGCCGCCCGCAAAACGCGCCUGUGUGACGGAGCCUUUAGUUUUAAUACUUUUAAUUGAUCUAAUCAUUGAAGAAUAUACUAGUUGAAAGAAAUGUAAUUUAAUCAGGUUCGAAUAACACUAUCGAUACAAAAUAAUUAUAUACUAUUUCUUCAAACAUUUUAAAAGGAACACUGAAAAAGUGUAAUUAGUGGCUGUUGAUAUAUACAUGAUAGAUUACAUUAUGAUACCUACGCAUUUAUUUCUUUUAAAAAUGUCAAGGAGUCCUUAGAUUCAUAAUACACUUAUAAGGCCAGUGCGCACAAGUUGCGUAUGCACCUCCUACAAUAGAAGCAAAGGAUCUACCGCGAAUACCGAAGUUCGCAAAUUGCGGGCAUCUUCCUCUUUUACUCCAAUUAAGGCGUAAUUAGAUUGACAGAGAAAGAAGCCCGCAAUUUGCGAACUUUGGUGUUCACUGUAGGCCCUCUGUCCUGUCUGUAGUCGUAGCGGCUGCAUAGACAUGCGGUGACCUGGCCAUAGUCAUUAUUGGAUGGUAACACCACCUUUGGUGGUUUAUAAGGCAAUAACCGCGAAAAUCGAAGUUCGCAAAUUGCGUACAUCUUUCUAUGUCACUCUAAUUAAGGCUUCAUUUGAGUAAAAGAGGAAGAUCUCCGCAAUUUGCGAAUUUUAGUUUUCGCGGUAGCCCCCCUGAAUGAAUUAUUUGUUGAUCCUAUGACAUAAAUAUAAUUUUGUUCUGUGGUAGUAAGUUAUUUUAGUUAUUACAUUUUAAGAUUGUAUAGCACUGAACGCUAGUAUUGUGUUCCUUUAAACUUUUAUUGUUAUUUUGGUUCCUCUUUAUAUAUAAGGAAUUGUAAUUACCUGUAUUCUUGGAUGGAUUGUGUUGAGUAUUGACUUGACAAGUAUUUCGCGGCAUGAGCCUUGUAAAUAGUGUAAAUAUAAUAUAAACCCUGUUUUAUAAUGUGAUAGUUUCGCAUUGUAGUCUGUAAAUAAAUGAGAAUGAAUUAGA